GCAGGCUCCGCGCGGUGCCCCGGAAGUGAUUGCGGGUGUCCGAGCCGCCUGGUUUGGAGCGGCGCAGUACAGCGGGUGUCCCGGUGCCGGCCGCCAUGGCCUCCGCGCGGGCCCCGGCGGCGCGCGGCGGCGCGCGGCCCCUUGUGCGGCCCCCUGCCCCUCCCGAGGCCACAAAGAGCAAAGUUUCAGAGGAGAGCGAUGCUCCACCACCCAAGAGAGCCCAUAUCUUUUAUGGCAGCUUGGAAGAGAAGGAGAGAGAGCGUCUUGCAAAGGGAGAGUCAGGGCUGCUGGGAAAAGAAGGGGUGAAAGCUGCAAUCGAGGCUGGCAACAUUAACAUAAGCAGUGGUGAGGUCUUUGAUCUCGAAGACCAUAUGAGUGAGCGUCAGGCAGAAGUCUUAGCCGAGUUUGAGCGCAGGAAGAGAGCCCGGCAAAUCAAUGUUUCCACUGACGACUCCGAAGUGAAAGCCUGCUUACGAGCCCUUGGGGAGCCCAUCACGCUCUUUGGAGAAGGUCCUGCGGAAAGGAGAGAGAGAUUACGAAAUAUCCUUUCAGUGGUUGGCACGGAUGCCUUGAAAAAGAGUAGGAAAGAUGAUGACAGGUCUAAAAAAUCCAAAGAAGAGUAUCAGCAAACCUGGUAUCAUGAAGGACCACGCAGUCUGAAGACAGCUAGGCUGUGGCUAGCUAACUACUCGCUCCCCAGGGCAGUGAAGCGGCUAGAAGAAGCCCGGCUGCUCAAAGAGAUUCCAGAGGCAACCAGAACAUCGCAGAGGCAGGAGCUGCACAAAUCCCUGAGGUCCUUGAAUAACUUCUGCAGUCAGAUUGGAGAUGAUCGCCCACUAUCCUACUGCCAUUUCAGCCCCAAUUCCAAAUUCCUAGCUACUGCCUGUUGGAGCGGGCUGUGCAAGCUCUGGUCUGUGCCUGACUGCAACCUUGUUCAUACCUUACGAGGACAUAACACCAACGUAGGAGCAAUAGUCUUCCAUCCCAAAGCCACUGUUUCUUUAGACAAGAAGGAUGUUAACCUGGCCUCGUGUGCGGCUGAUGGUUCUGUCAAACUUUGGAGCCUUGAAAGUGAUGAGCCAGUGGCAGAUAUUGAAGGUCACACCAUGAGAGUGGCACGUGUGAUGUGGCACCCAUCGGGAAGGUUCCUGGGCACUACUUGCUAUGAUCACUCAUGGCGCUUGUGGGACUUGGAAGCUCAGGAAGAGAUCCUCCAUCAGGAGGGACACAGCAAAGGGGUCUAUGACAUUGCCUUUCACAUGGACGGGUCUCUUGCUGGGACUGGCGGACUGGAUGCUUUUGGCCGGGUGUGGGACUUGCGCACAGGACGCUGCAUCAUGUUUCUAGAAGGCCACCUGAAGGAGAUCUAUGGGGUUAACUUCUCCCCAAAUGGAUACCACAUCGCAACUGGCAGCGGUGACAAUACUUGCAAAGUGUGGGACCUCCGUCAGAGGAAGUGCAUCUACACCAUUCCUGCCCAUCAGAACCUGGUGACUGGGGUGAAGUUUGAACCCAAUCACGGUAACUUCCUGCUCACAGGCGCUUAUGAUAACACGGCAAAGAUCUGGACUCACCCUGGCUGGUCCCCUUUGAAAACACUGGCUGGUCACGAGGGGAAGGUCAUGGGACUGGAUAUCUCCCUCGAUGGCCAACUGAUAGCGACAUGCUCGUAUGACAGAACCUUCAAGCUGUGGACAGCGGAAUAGCUCAGAGUUUCUGAUGAACAGGAACUGAGAUGUUAAUGGCUUUGAACUCGGACAUUCUUACAUUCUUGCUUUUUUAUAUUAAAGGAAAAAAAAAGGAAUCGGCUAUGGUAACAUGCAUUAUGGUGGCUGUAGUCACUGGCUGCUCUUGGUUUCCUGGUUGAGGUGGUUUUGAAGCAUCUGUGUUUGCCAGGGCUUGGUUGGAAUCAAAGCCUGGAUGAGUUUCUUACACUUCUUAGAACUUUAUUUUUACACUGUAGAUGUUGUUUUUCUGUGUAAUUUGGAGAUGAACCAUCUACCCACAUGCAUCACCUUGGGUGUCUCACCUUGCCUCCAAGCCAGUCUCACAGAUUUUCUCCAGUCUGUUUUUAAACAUUUGUAGAUAGCCACAUAACUCUUCAAGUAUAGUGUGUUGUACAGCCCCUAGUAACAUCCUUCUUACCUUCUGUUUCCCAGGAGCCUUUGGUAGAAGUCUGUGGCUUCAAAUUUGAUACUGGCUGUCAGUGUUACAGGAAAAUGGUACCUUCCUUCUACAUCUGUAAAGUUGGCCUCUGAACAUGGAAGUCUGUAUCCCCUUUGUAUUUACUCACAGUAGAUUUUAAAGGCCAGGGAUUUUUUUUUUUUUAACUUUCCAUGCAGCAUCUCAGACUAUCUCAUACCCUCUUGAGCUGUCUCAAGAAUUAGGUGUUUCAAAUUCAUGUAGAUACCUACUGUUGAAGUGGUUGCUGUCUCACCUGAGUUAAUACAGAGCAGGCUAUUUCACUGUAGGAUUUUCUUGUUCUAGUUUGCACUGUGAGGAACUUUCUUUUUUGUUGUUUAAAGUUUAAACUUUUAACUUGCUUUUGAAGUUUUGCAAAUGUGAUGUUCUGGAAAACCAAAAUGUGUUCUGAAUAUGCA